ACUGAUUGAUUUCAAUACACGAUAUGAAGAAUAAAGCAGACCCAAGACACAUGAGUCUUAAGAAAAUUACACCGCUGAAGAAGCUCCAAGAUGUGCACUUUGAAGUCCUUCCCAUCCUCUGGGUCUUUAAGCAAUACAAGGCUACCCAACACUAUCUACUAAUCAUUCAUUAUCUUUUGUCAAACUGGUUACCAAAGACCAUGUGAAAAAGCUCAGGCUCUUGGACCUCACACCCGUUUUCUCCACAGGUUGUUUUGCAGAAGCUUCUUCUAUGUGUCGUCCUGUUCUACACUGUGUACUAUGUGUCCCUGAGCAUGGGCUGCAUAAUGUUUCAGGUGCAUGAGUUGGAUGUCCUGGCACCAUUCGAUUUCAAAACAAAUCCCUCAUGGCGCAACAUAUAUUACAAAGUUCUUUUAGUUUCAACAGAAGUCACCUACUUUGCUUGUGGACUGCUUUUUGUUCCAGUUGCAGAAGAAUGGGUUUGGGAUUAUGCUAUUUCAGUAACUAUUCUUCAUGUUGCCAUCACUUCAACUGUUAUGUUGGAAUUCCCCUUGACAUCACAUUGGUGGGCUGCUUUAGAUGGCCACCCAGAGAUACUUCUGCAUAGAAUCCUGAGGCUGCUACUGCACAGAUGUGAUGCUUGCUGCCUCUGUGGAACCGGCUUAAUUUCAAUGAUAUGUGGAGGCCAGACUUUAGCAUACUGUUUGUUCAAAGACAACUUUAUCUAUCCAGAUCUGGAUAAUUUUUAACAGAACAGUUGAAUUAAUUUGCCUUAGAAUUUCUGUAUUAUUACAUACAUUGUG